CGGGGCCACGGGGACAGAUCGCGCAGCCAUGGCCGCGGCCCGCGCGCGGGUAGCGCACCUCCUGGAGCGGCUGCGGCUCGCGGCAUGUCAGUGUCCAACUCAUUCUCAUACUUACUCCCAAGCUCCUGGGCUUCCACCUUCUGGAAAAACAACAGAUUAUGCCUUUGAGAUGGCUGUUUCAAAUAUUAGAUAUGGAGCAGGAGUUACAAAGGAAGUGGGAAUGGACCUACAAAACAUGGGUGCUAAAAAUGUUUGUUUGAUGACAGACAAGAACCUCUCCCAGCUCCCUCCCGUACAAAUAGUUAUGGAUUCUCUCGUGAAGAAUGGCAUAAACUUUAAGGUUUAUAAUAAUGUGAGGGUGGAACCAACCGAUAGAAGUUUCAUGGAAGCUAUUGAGUUUGCCAAAAAGGGAGCUUUUGAUGCCUACGUUGCUGUGGGUGGUGGCUCCACCAUAGACACCUGUAAAGCCGCUAAUCUGUACGCAUCUAGCCCUCACUCCGAUUUCCUAGAUUAUGUCAGUGCUCCCAUUGGGAAGGGAAAGCCUGUGUCUGUGCCUCUUAAGCCUCUGAUCGCAGUCCCAACUACUUCAGGAACUGGAAGUGAAACUACUGGAGUUGCCAUUUUUGACUACGAGCCUUUGAAAAUAAAAAUUGGCAUUGGUUCCCGAGCCAUCAAACCCACGCUGGGACUGAUUGACCCUCUGCACACCCUGCACAUGCCUGACCGGGUGGUUGCCAACAGUGGCUUCGAUGUGCUUUGUCAUGCCCUGGAAUCCUACACUGCCCUUCCCUACCACAUGCGGAGUCCCUGCCCUCCAAAUCCCAUCUCUCGGCCAGCCUACCAGGGCAGCAACCCAAUCAGUGACAUCUGGGCAGUCCACGCACUGCGGAUCGUCGCCAAGUAUCUGAAGAGGGCUGUCAGAAACCCCGAUGAUCUCGAAGCAAGGUCCAGUAUGCACUUGGCAAGUGCCUUUGCUGGCAUCGGUUUUGGAAAUGCUGGUGUUCAUCUGUGCCAUGGAAUGUCUUACCCGAUUUCAGGCUUAGUGAAGACAUAUAAAGCAAAGGAUUAUAACGUGGAUCACCCAUUGGUGCCUCACGGCCUUUCUGUGGUGCUCACCUCGCCAGCGGUGUUCACCUUCACAGCCCAGAUGUCUCCUGAGCGACACCUGGAGACGGCAGAAAUAUUGGGGGCCGACACCCGCACCGCCAGGAGGGCAGAUGCUGGGCCCGUUCUGGCGGAUGCCCUCCGGAAACUCCUGCUGGACCUGGAGGUGGAGGACGGCCUCGCUGCCAUUGGCUACUCGAAGGCCGACAUCCCCGCCUUGGUGAAAGGAACCCUGCCCCAGGAAAGGGUCACCAAACUUGCACCACGCCCUCAGUCAGAAGAGGAUCUGUCUGCCCUAUUUGAAGCUUCAAUGAAACUGUAUUAAUUUUCAUUUUCACUGAAAGAAUUGGCUGUAAGAACUCUGAAAUCAGAAGUGGAUCUAGCCAGAGCUCCACACAUAACUUAUCUGUUACCAGUUUGAAUGUGAUAUAAAUUUAUCCUGCAGAAGAAGAUUCCAUGAUGCUCAAAAGUCAAGCUACUUCCAUAAUACAGGUUAGACAAAUGCCCAGAAGUAUUGGACCCUUCCCUAUAUUCUGAAUACUGUCCCUGCUUUGUAUAUCAAAUAGGUAAAAACUCACUACCAAAAAUAUCAAUGUAUACAUCCUAUAUGCUGUAACCCAUGUCUAGAUAUUUAUACUGUAAAAGUAAUAGCAUAAAUUAUAAAGAAAUAUGACAAAAAUGUUUCUGGCAGCAUUUUUUUCUAACAAAAAGUUUGGAGGAACCUAAAUAUGCAUUAAUAAUAUAUUGAUAAAUAAAUUACAGUAUAUUAAAUAAUAGGAUGCUAUUGUGCUACUAAUAAGAAUGAAUUAAAAUGAUUGGAAAUAUGUUCAUGAUAUACUGCUAAGUUGGAAAGAAGUAAGCUGCUGAACAACUAUAUAUUGGUAUGGUUCGGUUUUAUGUUUAUAAUUACAAUACAUGUAAAGAUAUGUUUAUAUAUACAUAGAAAAGAAUGAUGCACAUCAAAAUAUUAAAAGUUAUCACUGGAGAAAUGGAACUUGAGGUAUAGAAACUUAAGAAAAAAUACUUUCUAUUUUAGACUUUUUUAUUUUAUAAACGUCUAUAUUGUUUGGAUUUGUUACAAUGAGCAUAGAAGUAAAUUUAAAGGAGGGGGGAGAAAAGAAAAAUACCAUGUUCCUGUUUUAGGUCAGAUUCAUCUUAUUUUAUAAAAAUAUUAGUAACUAAUAUUUAAAAAACAAAUACAAAUGGAUAAAAUAUUAGAGACUGAUCUCUUUUUUUU